CUACAUUCGUGGCUGUGUGAAUUCAGAGGAUUCGAAAGUCCAGCAGCUUUCUCCGUUGAUCUUGAAUCACAGGCGCUUCUUGCCGGCGUUGUUGCACUGUUCUCUGAUUACUCGAGAGAGCAUCGCUUAGCGGGCAGUGGCUUGAGUCGCUGAAUGUCAGAAAGGCACCAUUCUUUUCCCGGAGGACAACGACCUUCCAGAGACUUCUGGCUUAAGAGCUUCUAAGAUCUUUCAGGCGUUGAGAAUUUAUCCGAAGGCUGCUUCUGAAGGAACAGUACUGCUGUGUUUGAGACGUUAACGAGCUGUGCUGUACACUAUACACUUUUUCUACAGCGUUGUCCCUGCCGCGUCGAGGUUGACAGUAAUUCCUUCACUAUGGGAAGCGGAUCAUCUAAAGACGGGGUUAUCAACAAAGACGUAGGGUCCACCAAGAACUCUGUCAUUUUCGUGCAGCCCGGCCUGAAAGGCGUAUGUCAAGAUUCUGCGCUCGCCACAGAGAAUCUCAUCCUUACAGCUUCGUGCGGGGACGCAGGCAGCACCCUGGUGGGGGUGUUUGACGGGCACGGCUUGUCCGGGCACUACGUGUCCAAGACGGCCCGCGACCAAGUCCCCGAACGGCUCAAAGCAGCGGUGGAGAGCACACAGCACGAACUGGCGCAUGUGGAAGGGGCGGCUGCCAGGGAGGUGUGGAUGCGCGUGUUCAGUGGAGUUUUUAGUGACAUUGAUGAGGAGCUCAGGAAGGACCUGUUUCACAACCGGGACAGCGGGUCCACAGCUGUGGUGGCACUCAGGCUGGGCUCGGAGCUGAUAGUGGCGCACAUAGGCGACUCACGCUGUGUGCUCGCUCGCACUGCCAGAGCCCCUCCUAACGGGAAGAGCGAUGGAGGGACAAUAGAAGCUCUGCAGCUGACCACAGACCACAAGGCCAGCAACCCAGCUGAGAAGGUUCGAGUGCAAGAGGCAGGUGGCAAGGUGCUCAACUACAUGAACACCAUCGACAGAAUCUUCCUCCCAGGGAAGAGCGAGCCGGGGCUGGCAGUGGCGCGUGCGUUUGGCGACUUCGAGCUCAAGUCCCACGGGCUGAUCUGCCGGCCGGAUCUGAGCGUGCGCAGCGUUGACCCCCGGGAUCAAUUCGUGGUCAUGGGCUCUGACGGGGUGUGGGAUGUGCUCACAAAUGCGGAGGUGGUGGAGAUAGUGGCAAACGCAUGGCCCAGGAGCAAGGCAGCGAAGCAGGUGGCUCAAAAGGCGGUGGCGAAGUGGGCUGAGGAGAAACACGCCAACUCCAGAGACGACAUUUCCGUAGCUGUCCUGUUCUUUUAAGGAGGACAGGGGAGGAGGGGGUGGGGGGGGGGGGGGGGGGGGGGGGGGGUGGGGGGGAAUGUCAACUUAUACAUAUGUUUAUAUGUAGAAGUUAUAGGCUUGAUAGGUUUGUGUUCAUAGAGGGUACAACUCCAACCCUAUAUCUCCCCUGUUCUCACUUGUUCUAGUUAUUCUGCUAUU